UUCCUUACUAAGCUAAACCGCGACUGUCACUACACCGGUGACAAAAUCAACAUGGAUUAUUGCUAUUUAAUGACACAAUUUGCAUUUAUAUGUUUGCUUUUUUCCAUACCUCGUGCACACAGUGAUUAUGUUGAGUCCAAAGCUGGCCAGUUCUUCAGCAGUGGCCACACCAACAACUGGGCAGUCCUGGUCUGCACAUCUAGAUUUUGGUUUAAUUACCGACAUGUGGCAAACACACUGUCUGUAUACAGGAGCGUAAAGAGACUGGGCAUUCCAGACAGUCACAUUGUGCUGAUGCUAGCUGACGAUAUGGCCUGUAACUAUAGAAACCCCAAACCAGCCACUGUGUUCAGCCAUAAAAAUAUGGAGCUCAAUGUUUAUGGAGACGAUGUGGAGGUGGAUUAUCGUGGAUAUGAGGUCACAGUAGAAAAUUUCCUACGAGUCCUGACAGGACGGCUUCCCACCAGUACCCCUCGAUCCAAACGGCUGUUGUCAGACGAUCGCAGCAACAUUCUCAUCUACCUGACAGGUCAUGGUGGAAACGGCUUCCUCAAGUUCCAGGAUUCAGAGGAGAUCAGCAACAUGGAGCUUGCUGAUGCCUUUGAGCAGAUGUGGCAGAAGAGGAGGUACAACGAGUUGCUGUUCAUUAUAGACACCUGUCAGGGGGCCUCCAUGUAUGAGAGGUUUUACUCACCCAACCUCAUGGCCCUGGCCAGCAGCCAAGUGGGGGAGGACUCCCUCUCACAUCAGCCAGACUUGGCUAUAGGGGUCCACUUGAUGGACAAGUACACUUUCUACUUACUAAAAUUCCUGGAGGAAGUCCAUCCUGCUAGUCAAGCCAACAUGAAUGAUCUGUUUAAGGUAUGCCCACAGAGUCAGUGUGUGUCCACACCGGGCCACCGUACUGACCUGUUCCAGAGAGAUCCAAGGAGCGUCCUCAUCACGGACUUCUUUGGGAGUGUCCGCAAAGUGGAGAUCACCAAGGAAACCAUCAAUCUGACAUCCCCUAUUGAGCAGCCAAUAGAGAGUUCUGUGAGCGGCACUCUGCAGAUCAAUUCAUUGAUGUAUGUGGACCAGCUACCAGUGGCUGAAAUUAUUCAUCAGAAACCAAAGCAGAAAGACUGGCACCCUCCUGAUGGCUUCAUUCUAGGAUUCUGGACCCUUAUCCUGCUUGUGUUCUUCAAGACCUAUGGCAUCAAACACCUCAAACACAUCUUCUGAUGGAGUCGACCCUCCCAACUCCAGAGGGUCAAAGAACCGACCACCACAUUAGAGGCCUCCAUAUACUGUAGUCUCUCUCAUAAAAGAGACCACCGUGGCUUUGUUCAUGACUGAUUUGGUCAGGAAUAGCUUUUUAUUCAACUGACUGAUGGUGGUUGGCUAUCUUUUGGUUUAGCUUUGUGUCAUGUUUUGAAAGUGACAUGCACUGACUACUUUGAAACAUUCUUUGUUGUUCACAGAACUCGGUAGUGAAAUCCAUUUGAAUUUCACAUGGGAACUUUCUUUUGAACUGAAGACAAACACAGAAAGCUUGCAGGGAGAAGCAUACUUUUUGUUUGUUUGUUUGUUUGUUUCCUUUUUGGCAAGGUUUUAUUUUGCUAUUUAAUUUCUAGUUCUAGUUUUAUCUACAGUCAUCCUACAGCAGUGUUAAAUUACACUUGUACUGUCGAACUGCUUGGAAACUUGUAAUGAGCACAUGCACACCUCCUAGGUUUCUUCAUUUUGUUCACAGUGGGGUGAAAUAAAGCUGUUCAGUUUUUAGAUGUCAAAAACUGUAAGAGAAUUAGCAUUUGAGCCAUGAGUUACUCUGACAUUUUUAACGGGCUUUUAGAAUAGCGGUUUUCAAUUUGAGUAAAAUAAGGUCUUUGGUUAACAUUACUUGAAGAGACCUUCACGUUUUGCUCAACAACAUUAAUUGCACACAGUCAUACCUUAAAAAUAACCUUUGAAGCCACUGUAUUUUAAAAUGCAAAGUUGCUAAAUAAGGACUACAACUAGCAAGUUACGUUAAGAAAAAAACUAUCUGUGUGAAAUUGUUGUUCAAAAAACUAUUCCAAAAGCCAUUGGAAAUUUGAGAGGGAGCCCAUGGCGAAUUAGCCUUUUGGUUUGACCUACAAGUUGGCGUUAUGUCUGAACAGAUCUAUAGAGAUCUUUUUUGUCCUAUUAAUAACAAUUUUUAGUUGUAAAAUAAUUUAGCAGUGGUUUCACAGAAUGUGGGUUUAAACUAUUGUACAAAGGUACUGUGAAGGGGAUGAAAGUGGAGAAUCUGGUGGUGCGGGGGUGUCGGAAAAUGCACGUUUGGGGGUAGUACUGAGGUUUUAAUUUUGGUUGAGCUGAAAGUGAAUCUCAUGAAGAAAUGUCCAGCUCAUAUUUUACACCAAUAAAAAUAUUUUGGAUUUUGAAAAUGAAACCAAUUUUUAGGACCAUUAAAAAAAAUUAUAUUAUCCAUAAUAUUUAAGCACAUUUUAGUCCUAAAUUAUCAUGAAUUUAAUGUGGGAAAAAAAUCUCAUUGUCAUUAUUAUAGUAUUGUGAUAAAAUGCCUGGGUUAAAUUCCACUCAAUCAUAUUUUGCAUGUAAAAAAAAUGUUUUAUGAACAUUAAGACUUUUCUAUCAUUAUCUAUUACAUUUAAGUACAUUUUAAUCCCAAAUUCUCAUAACUGUAAUUUGAAAAAUAAAAAUCUCAUUCAUGAAAAAAACUAUUUUUAGGGCCAUUAAGAUGUUUUUGUACUAAUUUCCGUGAACAUUAAGCACAUUUUAACCCCAAAUUCACAUUCCCAUAAUGUGAAUUUUGUUAAAUCAUUCUGUCUUGACACAAAUGUUUUAUUUAAUCGGCAUAAAUUAAAUUCAGUACAACGAAUAGUACUAUGAUGUACAUUUACAAUAUGUAUACUUAACAAUAAAAUACACUUUUUUGUGUAUAACAGUAAUGGUCAUUUUUAUUUACGCAUUACAGUUGCCUACUGAGAUUUAAAUGUACUAAGCCUAAUUGUCAUGAAAAUAAUGCAAAGUAAUCUGAAUUGUCCUAAAAUAGGCUUAAUUUUCUCUAUGCAAUAUGUAAUUAUAAUUUUAUUCUUUGAUGUUGGUGGUAAAAAGUGUGCCUGACUGUCAUGACAGUUUUCAUGAGAUUCACCCAAAAUUACACGUGAGGAAUUAAUGGACAACAUUUACACAAACAGCAACUAAACCACCAUUUGCCCAUGGCUGUGUCCUGUUUUUGUCCAUUAGCAUCUCCAAUCCACUUGAACUGGGUUAAGAACAUGCUGUGAAAGAGAGAAUGACAAAUUGCUGGAUUCAGAAAUUCUUUUUGUUUGCUUGUUUGUUUGUUUUUUGUGUGUUUUUUUUUACUUGUGUGUCUGCCUAACGCAUCAUUAACUGUUGGUACAGGCCAGGCAUCCAGCACUGUUUAGGACAUCAGAAUAUUCACUGGCAUUCACAUGUGCUAUGUGGGUAAAUGCAUUAUAAGAAACACUAAAUUUGCACAGUGCCAAUAUAUAUUUCUCAUUUGUGUUCUAUUCCAUUUUCAUGUAUGAUCACACACACACACACACACACACACACACACACACACACACACACACACACACACACACACACACACACACACACACACACACACAC